UCGAGUUGUCACUCUCCGUUUGCUGAUUCCACCCGCCAGGAAAUGUAAUCCCUAGGCUUUCUUUUAAAGACCAUUACCGCAAUUUGACACGGACAUAAGUCGUUAAAAUGGCGUCGUGAUCCAUGUAAUUUUAGUAUGAUAUGCGUCGAACAACGAAAAUAAUUUUUUCAUUACUCUUGGUGUUAAUUUUACAAAACAUCAGGUGCCCCAUAAUAUAAAAAGGUUGGGCACCUUAGCGUCUGAUAAAAAGUCGUUAGCAUUUUACCAAUGCUCUACACAGCUCUGUUAAAGGACAAAAUAUCAAUUUCCUACCAUGACUGGUCAUUUGAAAUAAGCUUGGUUUGAAGAGUGAUUCAUUUGAAGAAUGCAGACCAAAAAUUUUAACACCUUCGUUAGUUUCCUCAUAUUUAUUGCCUGCAUUGCAGAACAUCCAACUUAUUUACUAGACCUACCAGAAGAACUGAGAGAUAAACAAUACCUAUUAAAAAGCGAUGAACGAAGCGGAAGCAUAUUCUUUUAUUCAAGUCGUAUUUUAAUUCAUCCUGCUAUCAAUAUUGGUAAUUCCAAUCACGCACAGUGGGACUUCUACCAAGAAAAAACAAAUUUUAUGGCCUUUAGAAGUACAAUUAAAGUUACCAUUAACUCAGAAGAAAAGUACGUGUACAAAUGUUGGCUGUACAAGAGAGAGAACUCAUCGCUUUACUUCUUUUUUCCAAUGACAAAUCUAUAUGAAGGACAAAGAGUGUAUCUAUCGCCCGAUGACAACCUCGAUAUCUGCGACUUCUGUACGCAUACUAACACCAAGUUGUACCUACUACACAAAGAGGAAGUGCAAUGCGGAUGCACUCCCGAUUGUUCAGAAUUGACCAUUGCAAAUAGUUGCACAGGGAAUAACUUUGAUACAUCGUCAAUCAAUUGUUUGAGUGAAACUUCAAUGGCAGCUACCUUAACAACAACCAUUCAAGGUGCAUCAAGUGAAGAAUAUUCUGAGAAUGUAUUAUUAACAACGUCCCCUACACAAAAAAGUGAAAAAACAACAGCAGCAUCUACAAUUUUAGAUCUAGAGUCGACCACGCUAACAGAAAAAACAACGCAAGCAACAACAAUAACAACAUCAGAAUCAAUAAUUUUAACAACAUCCGUAACAGAAAUAUCAUGGUCAACAACAAAUUCGAUAGAAGAAAGUACGGAAAUUAAAACAACAAAAAACCAAGAGAACACGAUAGUUAGCACAAUCAGACAAACUAAUAACUCAAAAAUUGACCCCGACGCACUUGUUGGGAUAGUAUCUGGUAGUGUGGUAUUUCUUUAUUUGGCAGCAGCCUUGAUUGGUUGUGGAUGCUGUUUGUUUAUUUUAGGAAGGAGGAGGAAACGCGCGAAAAAAGAGAAAGAAUCACAGGAAAAUUUGGUGUCCAAUGAAAUGUUUUCAAGUCAAAUCAAUCUCAAAUCUCCGGUGAAUUUCCCGCCAGUGUUCGAUCGUAUUGACGAAUCAUACUGAAUUGUUAUGUUUUAUUGCAUUAUAUUAAUUUUACUUUUCCUAAAGUUUUAUUGUGGCAGUAGACUGCUCAUUUGAUAUUUUUUUGAGAUGUGUAUUUCCAUACAUGUAUAUUUUACAUUUGCUGAUGUCUUUCCUUGUAUAACAAUGAUAAUAAAAUUGAAAAUCAAUUUUCAAUGACAUGCAGUUGAUCACAUGAUCAGACUUUCUUGCGUAUGGAAAGCAAACUGCAAGAGCAAUUUAGAAAGUUCCGACUGUGACGUCACAUAACGUCGUAGAUACGUUACGUUGCAUUUCAAAAUCAAAAUCUAGAU